GUUACUCGUUUCAAAUGUGGUGGAGUUUCACUUGGUGGAGGAGUAUUCCACACUCUAUCAGAUGGUCUCUCAUCCAUUCACUUCAUCAACACAUGGUCCGAUAUUGCCCGAGGCCUCUCCGUCGUCAUCCCGCCGUUCAUUGACCGGACCCUCCUCCGUGCACGGGACCCACCGACAUCGUCGUUCGAACACGUCGAGUAUCAUCCUCCUCCAUCUCUUAUUUCAUCAUCAAAAACCAAAGAAUCCACUAGCCCAAAGCCUAGUACCACAACCAUGUUAAAAUUCUCUAGUGACCAACUUGGGCUUCUAAAGUCCAAGUCCAAACAUGAUGGUAGCACUUACGAAAUCCUCGCGGCCCAUAUUUGGCGUUGCACGUGCAAGGCACGUGCACUGUCCGACGAUCAAUUGACCAAAUUACAUGUGGCCACUGAUGGUAGGUCUAGGCUUUGCCCUCCUUUGCCACCAGGUUACUUAGGAAAUGUUGUGUUCACAGGCACACCUAUGGCAAAAUCAAGUGAACUUUUACAAGAACCAUUGACAAAUUCAGCCAAGAGAAUUCAUAGUGCAUUAUCAAAAAUGGAUGACAAUUACCUAAGAUCAGCUCUCGAUUACCUCGAAUUACUGCCCGAUUUAUCGGCUUUAAUCCGUGGACCGACGUACUUUGCUAGCCCUAAUCUUAAUAUUAAUAGUUGGACUAGAUUGCCUGUUCAUGAUUCAGAUUUUGGAUGGGGAAGGCCAAUUCAUAUGGGACCAGCUUGCAUUUUAUAUGAAGGGACAGUUUAUAUAUUGCCAAGUCCAAAUAGUAAAGAUAGGAACUUGCGUUUGGCUGUUUGUUUAGAUGCUGAUCACAUGCCACUAUUUGAGAAGUAUUUGUAUGAAUUUUGAGAGGUUGAAAAAAAAAUCAAGAAUGUUCCAACACUUGAGAAUUAUCUUAGGUGUGGUGUGGUUUUGGAUUAAGGCAUUUUGUAACUUGUUUUCUAUUGUUUUUUUGGGGGGUCAGUUUGUUUUCAAAUUCUUUGUAAUGAAUUGAUCUUUUUAUGUAAUUGCCCAUGUCUAAGCUUGCAGCUCUAUAUUUCCUUUGUGA